AUGACCUUUUUACUCGUCACUCUCUGCUGUAUCUUGGCCACUCUAGGAUCUUUCCUGUUUGGUUACGAUUCGGGGGUGAUUGGGUCAACUCUCGAACAAGAGGCCUUUUUGCAUGACUUCCAUCACCCUUCUGAUGCUGCUACUGGAGGCAUUGUCUCUUCCUAUAAUGGAGGAGCCAUUCUGGGGUCCAUCGCUGUCCCCUACAUCUGCGACCCCUUUGGCCGCCGCCCAGUCAUGUUCGUAGGCGCUGUCCUGGCCGCUCUGGGUGCUGCUCUUCAGACGGGAGCCGUACACAUUGCCAUGCUGAUUGUCGGCCGUUUGAUUGCUGGCUUUUCCAUUGGCUUGAUGUCCACCACGAUUCCGAUCUACUGUAGCGAGGUUUCUCCCGCCCAUAUUCGUGGCUUUCUCGGUGCGAUGCAGCAGUGGAUGCUUGGGCUGGGUGUGGUCGUCGCCCAAUGGGUCGGAUAUGGCUGCUCUCUGCACACAGGCGCCUUUUCCUGGCGGUUCCCUCUAGCCAUCCAAGCCGUCCCCGCCGUCAUCCUCGGCAUUGGAGUCUGGUUUCUCCCAGAGUCGCCGCGAUGGCUGAUUGAAAAAGGCCACAAGGACGCCGGCAAAGACGUCCUCAACCGCCUGCAUCUCAAUCACACCCGCACCAAUACCGACCUCGUCGAGUCCGAGUUCACCCAGAUCUGCGAGAGCAUCGCCUCCGACUCCCGCACCGUCGUCUCCUCCUGGCGCCAGCUGCUGUUCUCCUCGCCCACCUGGCGCUACCGCGUGCUUCUCGCCUGCGGCAUCCAGGCCUUCACCCAGUGCUCCGGCACAAACGUCAUCCAGGUCUACAGCCCACGCAUCUACCGCUCGCUGGGCCUCCCGACCUCCACCACCCUCAUGAUCACCGGCGUCUGGGGCGCCCUCGCCCUGUUCUGGAACACCGUCUUCAUGUUCUUCAUCGACCGCGUAGGCCGCCGCAAGCUACUCAUCCCCUCUCUCCUCGGCAUGGGCGCCGCCCUGUGCGUCGAAGCCACCCUCGCCCGCUACUACGGCAACUUCGCCCCAGACUCCUCGGUCCCUUCGUCUCCUGCAGCGCUCCGCGCCGCCAUCGCCAUGUUCUUCGUCUUCUCGCUCUUUUUCACCUCUCUCGGCCUCAUCUCCUGGCUGUACCCCGCCGAGAUCUUCCCCACCGCGAUCCGGGCCCGCGGCUCGUCCCUCGCGACCGCCACGAACUGGAGCCUCAACCUCGUUUUCGCGCAGUGCUCGCCCAUUGCGCUGACCACGCUUCAGUACAAGUACUUUUACUGCUUCGUUGCGUUCAACUGGACGGCGGCGGUGAUUGUCUGGGCGUUCUACCCGGAGACAGCGGGCAAGUCCCUCGAGGAGGUGGGCGAGGUGUUUACUACCGGUCGGCAGCGUCGCAGGGCCCAGUCGUUUGGAGUGGACUCGCGGGAAGUUGUCAAGGCGGGCGUUGCGUUGGAGGUUACACAGGGGAAAGAGUUUACAAUGGGGGUAUAA